UUUCCAAUGAGGUGUGAGCCAGUGACGGGACCUUCUCUCCGCUGUCCUGAACUGUGUGUGAAACAAUAACUGCAUUCACCAUGUUAUGCCACAUAACUCGUCCGGACUCGGUGGUUCUGGAAGUGGAGGUGGACCCAAAAGCAAACGGAGAGGACAUUCUCAAUAAGAUAUGUCGGAAAAUGGGAAUCAUAGAGGUAGAUUAUUUUGGACUUCAGUUCACCGGUACAAAACGAGAGAUUUUAUGGAUGAAUCUCAGAAACAGGAUUUCUCAACAAGUGGACUGCAUGUCUCCUUGCAGACUGAGGCUGCGAGUGAAGUUCUUUGUUGAGCCACAUCUAAUCCUGCAAGAGCAAACCAGACAUUUGUUUCUGAUGCAUGUGAAAGAAGAGCUUUUCAAAGGAAGCUUGCGAUUGGACGCAGAGCAGGCGAUCGAGCUCUGUGCACUACUGGCUCAGGCGAAGUUUGGAGAUUACAACCAUAACACAGCCAACUACUGCUACUCCCAGAUAUACGGUCAAGACCCCAGCCGUGAUACCAUCAACAAUAUUUUGUUGAGGCAUAAGUCACUGGAGAGUGUUAGUCAGGCUUCAGCAGAAUAUCAAGCCCUGCAGCUGGUUUCCUCCCUUAACUACUAUGGCGUCGAGUGGCACUCCGCACGUGACUCUGAGGGACAGGAGCUGCUCAUCGGGGUUGGACCAGAGGGCCUGUUUGUGUGCAAAACAGAUUUAACCCCUAUUGAAAGAAUCAUUUACCCAGUCAUUCAAAUGGCCACUCAGUCUGGAAGGAAUGUGUAUGUGACCAUUACAAAAGACAGUGGGGACAGUGUGGUUCUUCUUUUUAAGUUCAUCAGUCCCAGUGCUGCCAAUGGACUAUAUCGUGCUAUCACGGAAAUCCAUGCCUUCUACAGGUGUGACACUGUAAUGAGCACAGUGAAGAUGCAAUAUAGCCGUGACUUCAAGGGUCAUCUGGCUUCCCUUUUCCUCAACGAAAGCAUUGACCUUGGUAAAAGGUACAUCUUUGACAUUCAGCGCACAUCCAAAGAAGUAUAUGACUGUGCGCGUCGAACCCUGUUCAAAGCAGGGAUGGCUGUGACCGGAUGUGGUAGCCCAAGAGACGGUUGCAGUCACUCUCCCCUGAGACAGACAAAAGCUGAAAGGGAGGAGCGGAUGUGUGGCGGCUGCAGAGAAACUUGCUUACUGAAGGAGAAGCUCCAAAGGCUACAAGAGGCCCUGACCUGCACUCUGUGCUGUGAACAGGAGAUCAAUGCUGCGUUCUGUCCUUGUGGACACAUGUUCUGCUGCUAUAACUGUGCCGGCCAACUUCAGUGUUGUCCAGUGUGCCGGUCAGAUGUGUACCGUGUUCAGCAUGUCUAUUUACCCACCUGUGCCAUUCUACUUAGCCUGGCAGAGGCAAAAACGACCACCUUCAGUGUGCCCAGAGGAACUGCCGUCUCAGUGGAUUGUGGCGAUAAAGAAAAUACCUGCCAGAUGGACACCAUUGGCCACAGACUAUUUUAAAAAUACAGAAGAAAUAUUAUGAUAAAAUAUACAGUGGUUCUUAAGUGUGAGCUGAAAUGCACAGAGUGAGGCCAGCUAUCCAGAAGUAGGCCUACCUAAAAAAAAAAAAAACAAUUACCACUGUUAAUUAUACUGUUAGUUUUCACAGUAUGCACAUUACAUUACAUACUAAGUAACGCUUUACUGUAAUUAAAUUUUUCCUGAUAACAGAGAAAAGACCCUAAAAUAUUCAGUUACAGAUAAGACUAAGACAUCAAUCGAAUAUGUAAACGGUCUACUUUUAUUUGUGUACACUGACAAUAACAACAAACAUUGUGCCUUUUAAAAUAAACAAAACAACCAGGGUGGGCUUUCUGCCAUCUCGGUCUCUGUGAACUUCUUUCUGGAACACGUCACAAAAAUUAACCGAAACUCAGAACCAAUGAACCAAUACUUGACACACAGACGUGAGAAAUAUGUCUAUAAAAAACUUUGAAAACAAAUAUUCUGUGAUUAUGUAAUCCGUAUGAAACUAAAGCGAGAUACAGUCUUUCCCAUCUGAGCUCGUGCAGCCAUACCUGCGCGCAAACACCCUCAUCACCUAUAUACACAAAAAAAAAAACGGAAAAUCUGAUCUCAUCUACAUUUCAUCGUUUUUGGAAGAAGACCUGCUAUGAGGAAUAAGCCAGAAUUUACCUAAUUUAUUCUUACUUUAGUUAACGUGUUAUUUUUAUAAAAACUAAUUUUACUAGUUGGGCUUUAAACUAUCUUGCCAAACUGAAAUGUCUGUGAAAUAUGAAAUAUGUAGGCAACUUUUUAUCACAGGCUAAAUGUCGUACAAAACGAGGAUGUACAUUUUUUGCUAUCAUAUAAUAAAAAUGAGAUAUAAUGCUGU